GAGAGAUAGCGCGGGAGGGAGAGAGACAAUGUGAGCGUGUGGGGUGAGGGACAGAGAGGGGAAGCCAUCUCUCCCCCUGUGUCCCAGUGGGUGUCCAGCGGCUGGACACUGGCCACUCUGUCCGGGACCGCCUCAUGUUUCCGUUCACAGCGGCUCUGACCUGGUGCCGCACUCCAGCUGCUUCUCAGUCCGGUUUAACAACCCGAAAACUGCUUCCCAGAGACUCGCUCCUGCUGAACCGGGUUAAACCGUGGCCAAGUGAAGCGAUUUUAAAGUUCCCCUGAGCAGGGCGGACGGGAAAGUCCCCAAAAUGUUGACGCCUUCAGCAGGAGCCGGUGGCUGGGAAUGAGAAAAGCGGGAUUCGGAGCUCCGGUAACGGGAUAAGUGAAUGGAGAUUGUGUCGCUGUGAGGGAGCCGCUGCCAAAGGGUGAACUCCACUUCCAGGAGAUGGCGGGGUGGGGGGAGGUGGCAAGAGUCACUUUAUUCAAAUAAUAUUUAUUAUUUGAUCAAAAUGCAGAAAUUCUACUGCACUCAUAGCCGCCUGGGCACUAUAGGAUUGGAAUUUAAACUACCUUCGGGGUGCUCCUGUAGUUUUGGGGUGCGCCCUGUAAAUUUGGGAUGCACCCUGUAGAUUUGGGGUGCUGAUGUAGUUUUGGGGUGCGUCCUGUAGAUUGGGGGUGCGUCCUGUAGAUUGGGGGUGCGUCCUGUAGUUUUGGGGUGCGCCCUGUAGAUUUGGGGGUGCGCCCUGUAGUUUUGGGGUGCGCCCUGUAGUUUUGGGGUGCGCCCUGUAGUGAGCCUGGAAGUUGCUGUCUGCAGAAUGUUGCAAAGGGUAGUGGUUUUUUAAGGGUUAACAGAUUGUGUGGUUGCCGAGCGGGUCCGGUAAAUAAAAAUAGAAGCUCCUAUAAAUGAUGUAAUUUUUGGAAGUGCCCACAGGGGGUUGUGAUGUGACCCCCCCUCCCCUCCUCUCCCCUCCCCCUCCCUGCACCAUCUACACUAACAUUUAUAAAGAGGUGGCACCGCGCUCUCUCUCUGGUCAAUCGGCUGUAAUAAUCAGCGGGCAGUACACCAGGCACCGGCUGGGACUCCCAGGAAACCCCGCUGUCCUGUAAGGUGGCGAGAUGAUGCCAAUGUUGGAUACUAUGGAGAUGCCCAAUCAUGCCAAGCAGCUCCUCCUGCAGCUCAACAGGCAACGGACCAAAGGGUUUCUCUGUGAUGUGAUCAUUGUAGUUCAGAACGCACUCUUUCGAGCUCACAAGAACAUCCUGGCGGCCAGCAGUGUCUACCUGAAAUCGCUGGUCGUUCAUGACAAUUUGGUGAACUUGGAUCCGGAAAUGGUCAGUCCUGGGAUAUUCCGGACUAUCCUGGAUUAUAUUUAUACCGGGAGGUUGAACGAGGCUGACCAAAGUCAUGAACAGAAUCUAGGAGCCAUUUUGGCGGCAGCCAGUUACCUCCAGUUACCAGACCUUGUGGCUCUCUGUAAGAAAAAACUCAAACGGAACGGGACCUAUUUCCAUAUCAGGACCGGCUUCUCCUCCUAUGGGAAGCUGGGAAGAGGCCUCAGGACGUCCACACCCGUUAUUCAGUCUUGUUACUCGGUGGCUUCCAGGCUCCUGGACAGUCAACCCGUGCAAACCAUAAACACACAUUCUGGGGAGCUGUACGCCCCACCUUCUCAGGGAAAUCGGCUUCACGCUCAGGAGAUGUGCCUCUCGGAGCAGACCCCUGCACAAAUGUUGGGCCUGGAUCUGUCCAAAAGGAGCCCUCUGGGUUCCUCUGUCCAGCAGGAAGAGGCUCAGUCUGCAGAGUCCAGACAGACCAGUCCGUCCGUCAAUGCCUCACUCCUCACCAAUGGUGCCUCUUACAAGGAGCAGCCGUCUGCUCCCCUACACCAGAUGGAACUGGAUGAGCCAGUGAGCCAGGAAAGGGGGGUCUUCAGGAGUAACCCGGCCACUGAGGCCAAAGGCAGGACUGAAACCCAAGAGGAUAUGAUGUCAAAGUGGCUGAAGCAGGAACCACUGAGUCACUUUGUAGAAGAGUGUGAGAGGGGCAAAGCAGCGAAAGCUGAGAGGCCGGAAGGGAAGACAGAGGGGCUGUGUGUGCCGGGACAGGCCCGCUACCCGGCUCUGACCUGUGAGGAGGCAGAAGAUGAGAAAAGCAGCAGCGAGGACACGAGUAGCGACGACCCUUGUGCCUCAGCGACUAUAGACAGGUAUCACUGCAGCCACAUCAGCUACGAGCCGGAGAACUUUGGGGAUAAUCUGUAUGUGUGUAUUCCCUGUGGGAAAGGUUUCCCUAACUCGGAGCAGCUCAAUGCCCAUGUGGAGAGUCACACGGAGGAGGAUCUCUUUCACAAGGAGGUAUCCGAGCAAAGCACCCCGUUUCUGGAUAAAUCUAACCAGACUCUGGGGGAGAUGAUCAGGCCGUACCGCUGCACAACCUGUGAGAAAUCCUACAAGGAUCCGGCUACACUCAGACAGCAUGAGAAAACACACUGGCUCACCCGGCCAUACCCGUGCAGCAUCUGCGGCAAGAAAUUCACCCAGAGGGGCACCAUGACCCGGCACAUGAGGAGUCACCUGGGCCUCAAGCCGUUUGCCUGUGAGGCGUGUGGGAUGCGCUUUACCCGCCAGUACAGGCUGACCGAGCACAUGAGGAUUCACUCUGGGGAGAAGCCGUACGAAUGCCAGAUUUGUGGGGGCAAAUUCGCACAGCAGAGGAACCUCAUCAGCCACAUGAAGAUGCACACAGCCGACUGCAAACCAAAGAUUGACUUCAGCGACAAUGUUUACCCUCUGACCAAAUUCGCCGCCGAGCACCUGGGAAUAAACCAGGAGAAAGCGGCGGAGAUGUUAACUCAAUCCUCUCAUUUAUCCAAUGACUCCAAGGCUCUGGACUCUUUCUCUCCCCCGUAACCGGCUCAGGGCCUUGGGAUUUAUUUAGGGGAGGGGGGCAGUUUAAUAUUGUACCCAUUGUACUCUGGGUUUACUCUCACCCCGGCCGCCCCCCCCCCCCCCCAAGGGGCUCAGCGGCCCCCCAGUCCCGUUCACUGGGAGCCCCCGCGAUCCCUUUCCUGUUAUUCCCAGUUGGAGAUUAAUCCCAGAAACCAGGAGGAGCGGAAAAGAAAACUGAAGCGGGGGGGGGGGGGGGGGG